ACGCCUGAUCCGAAGGUGUCGGCGCAGGUGCAACAGCAGGCGAAGCAAAUUGAGGAGCAGGAAGCGAUGAUCAAGACGCUCAACAAGCAGCUGACACACUGUGAGACCGACCUGCAGGCGCACAUAGAUCUCGUUUCGCGGCUGGAGUCGUCACUAGGCGACUCGGAGAAAAACCUGCGGAAGGCACGGAUGCAGGCGACGGAGCUUGCGCGCGAGCGGGACAAUCUGAACACGCAGAUAAGCGGGCUGCGCGCCGAGCUGUCAGAAGCGAAGAACGAGGUGGUGAACGUGCGGCGGUCGAUUGUGGAGGAGAAGCAGUCGCUGGAGCACCGGCUGGACGAGGAGCGGCGGGCGAAGGAGCGGGCGCGGGCGCAGCUGGACAGCCGGAUGGAGGAGGUGCAGCGGCGGAAGUCCAAGUUUGCGUGUCUGUGAUCGGGCGAGGGGCAUGCGGAGAUGUUCCUGCAUCAGGGGCUCGAUCGUCGAGUUGGGCGGGGCGAUUGGGGUGGUGGGGGCUGUUGCGGACGAGAUCCGCGUUUGUUCUCUCGUUUCGUUAUGCGGAUCGGAUGCCUGCGUCGGGCUCCUAGAGAGGCCGACGGGGGUGUGGUAUUAUUUCUAUCUCUUUCCUAGUAGUAGCAUAGUCUAGCGCGAGCCCGUUAAUGUUGGUAGGAUACACUGUUGCUGAUACCCGCGUCCGUCUUGCCUAUGCCCCAUGUUGUGUCGUUACUAUACCAGUAUACAUACGUCUAUGCUAUUUGAUGCACGCG